AUGCCUGUCCAUCAGCAAAUCAUCACCAAUCCGAAGAUGCCGCUUUACAAGAGCGAUUUCGAGGAUGAGCCAAACGAUUUAGCGGCGACACUCAAGCAAACAGUCAACGGAAUCUCGGGUGAAACGUUUGGCGAAAAUAAAAGAGGAUUUCAGAAAGACAAGAAACAAACAACUACGGACGAGUCAGUCAAUUUGCUUGAAGAGAUCCAAGAGGAACAAGAGAAACGUGAACAGAAGCAAGCUGAGCAGAAAGCCAAAAAGAAGAAGAAGAUUCCCAAGCAAGCUGAGUACGAAUUUCCGAUGUCCGAGCGGCCAGAAGUCAAACAAAAGGAAGAAGAAUCCCAAGAGCCAAUCAAAUGUGUGAAAUGUCGAAAAAUGAUCAAGCCGAAAGAUCCUUGCUAUAUGAUUGAUUGCUCAGACGGAUGUGAUCUUUAUCUCGAUACAGAUUGUUUCAAGAAUGAGAUGACACGGCAAGGAAAAACGAAGAAAAAGGAUCAGAAAGAUGCUGUGUGUCCUACUGACUCGUGUCCUGGGAAAAUCUAUGAGAUUGUCUUCCGAAAUUACGUUGAUGGAGAAAUUGUUGAUACAAUUCAUCUGGUUUGUAACGCUCGUCCGACAGGAACAACAAAAGAGGAUAAGAAAAUGCUGAAGAAGAUGGUGAAACACAAUGAGAGCACUAGUAGCGCACCGUUUGAGAGGAUUACGACGGAAAGCUCGGAAAUCGGUGUGCAACAAGAGGUUGAAGAAGUCAAAGAACCCGAAGCUCCGCCAAAGCCCAUCGACUUGAAUGCGCCUGUGCAUCGUCUUGAAAAACACGACGACAUUGCUGACAAGUACGGAUUAAACGAGCAAGACAAUGGAGUCGGCAAAAAGGAUAAAGAACGGAAGAAGAAACAUGAGAAAUCAAAAGUGACAUUGAAUAUGGUCGAUAAAAAGAUUGAGGAAAAAGCACAUCGAAAAAGAAAUGAAAGUAAUGACUUCGAGGAGCCAUCAUUACGAGCGUCUCGAGAAACCUCAUCGACUCCAUUAAGCGAAAUAGAUGAUUUCCCUUCAUUUACCGAACCUCAAUCCUCAUCCACUUUGGGAAGCAAUGGAAAUGAAGAUUUUGAGGCAGAAAUGCUUGAUCAACGCUUUUUCCCCCGUGUCGACGACUUGAAUAACUUGGAAAAUCUGGUUGAAGAGAUUAAGCCUUUCAAAGAAUCGAUCCUUGGAAAUUGCCCCGAUUCGGGCGAAUUGUACCAAUUGCAAGGAGUCUUCAUGCUGGUGCUCUCGGAUGAACAAAUUCAAUAUACGAGGAGUGGACAGAAGUUGGAGGAUGUUCGUAAAUCGGUUGAAAUCGUAUUUCACGAUCGUCACCUGACGAGCGCUGAUGGUGGCUUAGCCAAGAAAUUCCUCGGUCUCACCAAGUGGUUCAUAAUCUCGAAAGCGAGAGGAAAAAUCAUGUUCAAGAAGAAACCCCAAGCCUCCAUUGCUACCACUUCGAAUUUGAUGCGAGAGCCGACUUUGAUUGCACAAGCGACGAGUGUAUCACCGCCAAUUGAACGGGAACCAAUAAGAUUUCCACCCUCAUUCACGGAAAAAGAAAAUUUAAACGAGAGGAGUGGACCUGAAAAAAUCUCUAAAGAAAUCAUGAAUAAAUUGCGAAUCUCUACGAACAACUUGACUUCCUCGUCGACAUCAAAUGAAACACAUAAAAAACCUUCACUUGGUCAGCAACACACGUUUGAGAAACCGGUUUUCAAGCCAAAAGUAGAAAUGAGCGUUCCUAGUCAACCUUUCAACUCUCGGACAGUUGUGCCACCGUCACCAACCGUCACCAAGCACUUAAUCCCUCCACCGGGAAUUCUAAAUGCACCAACCGGCGGCUUCAAUCGUCCACCCGGGCUACCAGCUGUGCCACAACAGCCUACUCAGUCGACCCAACGCGGCGAGUCUACAUCACCUUGGAAUGAUAUAGAACUAGAAAAUAAACGUUUAAAAGAAGAACUUGAAAAGAUGCUAAAGGAGAAGGAUGAGAUAGAUAACGCGUAUCGAGGAAUUUUGCGCGAAAAUACGGGCUUGCAAAAAUUGAAAGAUCGUCUAAAGACUGAGAUUGACGUGCUAAAAACAAGCGCCAAUGCUCAAGAUGAGCGAUCCAAAGAAGAGCAAAAUCUUUGGACUGCGGAAAAAGAAAAACUGGUCGAGGAAUUGAAUCGAGCGAAACUAGUGAAAGAUGGCCCGGAAGCUCAACUUCUUCAAACGGAAUUGACCAAAUUGCAAAAGGAAACAAAUCUGAGUAUGGAGAAACGAACGGCUCUCAAGCGCAAAGAAUUCGCCGAAGGCACGAUGCACCAUAUCGUUUUGAUUUGUACAAGUUUGCAAAGUCUGCUGAUCGAGGACAGGAUGGAAGCAGAUGAAAAGAACUUGCGACAGAGACAACUUAAAGAUUUCGAAAAGAUUCACUUCGAUUGGGAAAUGAUACAUAGAGCCACUGUAAAACGUUUAUACGAGUUAGAGACAAACGGCACAUCAGACACGGUGAUCCCCAAGCCACCCGCUUUUACCAAUAUUUGCAUUGCGUUAUACGAGGAAUUCAUACAACAACCGAGGGAUGAAAUGAAAGCUCCAGUUAUGAAGAUUCUUAAGGAAAUCCAAGACCAAGUGCAAUCCCAGUGUACUCGACAUACAAUUGAGCAACCUGAUGAACCCAAACUGAAAUAUUUGAUUGCACGAUAUGUGGCGAAUAAUCGUGAGGUUUUGGGUGUAAGCCGAGUGAUCAACAAGGAUAAAUGCAUGAACUACGUACUUGAUCAAUUGGGAGUGCCUCGCAAAUAUGAAUCGACGAAUGGUUCCAUGUGCGAACAACAACCAUGGUCAUCAGCAACCCUAUCAUUUCCAUCACUUCCAUCUACUUCAACGCACAACUAUAUUCAAGCGAUGAAAAGCUCGGCUAUUGGGAACGUCGGCUCUCGUGAGAUCGACUUCGCCACGCAUGAAUGCAAAGUUUGCUUUGAUGUGUUGGAAACGAAGGAAAGGGCUAAACAAUGUACCGGUUGUUAUGAACCAUUUCAUCAUGAGUGCAUCAAGAAAUGGCUGAUGCAAACGGAAAGCCAGACGAAUUCGUGUCCAAAUUGCAAGAAGGUGUGGCCCGAUGAGGAGGCGUAUCCAAGUCUU